AUGGAGACCCAGAGGAGCCGCCUGUGCUGGGGGUGCUGGCCGCUGCUGCUGUUGCUGCUGGGCCUGGCCAUGCCCACGCCUCUGGCCGCCGCCCGGGCCCUGACCUACCAGGAGGCCGUGCGCCUGGCUGUGCAGGGCUUCAACCAGCGCUCCCGGGAGGCCAGCCUCUACCGCCUCCUGCAGCAGGACCUGCAGCCCCAGGGCGACCUGAACCCAGACACCCCGAAGCCCGUGAGCUUCACCCUGAAGGAGACUGUGUGCCCCAGGACGACGCGGCAGCCCCCUGAGGAGUGUGACUUCAAGGAGAACGGGCUGGUGAAGGAGUGCGCGGGGACCGUCACCCUGGACCAGGACACCGGCUACUAUGACGUCGUCUGCGAGGAGAUCAAGGACGUUGGAUUGAUCCUCUGGGGGUGGAGGCCUCCGGGCGCCUUAGGGCGCCUUUGGGACAGGAUCAGGUAUCGAGUCAGGAGACCCAGGGACGUUUCCGAGAACCUCUCGCCUUAAGAAGAGCCCUGAGUUCUGUUUGGCCCUGGCCCCGGCCUCUGCGCUCUGACCAAU